CUAGUUUGAGAGUGAGGCGUUAGCCAGUAGUGUGAGUGAGGUCGACUGAACUUGCUGUUAGCUAGACCGCUAUUAGCUUCUUCUCUAGAGCUUACAUUACCAGCAAUAUAUGGGUUUUUUUUCACUCUAAGUUGUGAGUAGAUUUAGUAGGCAGUGAAAACUGAAGAAAAGGACAUGGCUCCCAAGAAGCAGAAGGAAGGUGAUGGACAGCAGCCACCACCACUGAUUGGACGGUUUGGGACUUCUUUGAAAAUAGGAAUCGUCGGAUUGCCCAAUGUAGGGAAGUCAACCUUUUUCAACGUACUGACAAAGAGUCAAGCUGCAGCUGAGAAUUUCCCCUUCUGCACCAUUGACCCAAAUGAAAGCAGAGUGCCCAUUCCAGAUGAACGCUACGAUUUCCUGUGCCAAUUCCACAAGCCCGUCAGUAAGGUGCCGGCCUUCCUGAAUGUGGUGGACAUAGCAGGACUGGUGAAGGGAGCUCAUGCUGGCCAGGGCCUGGGCAACGCCUUCCUCUCCCACAUCAGUGCCUGCGAUGGCAUCUUCCACAUGACACGUGCGUUUGAGGAUGAGGACAUUGUCCACGUGGAGGGGAACGUGGACCCAGUGAGGGACAUUGAGAUCAUCCAUGAGGAGCUGAGGCUGAAGGAUGAGGAGAUGAUCGGGCCCAUUAUGGAGAAGCUGGAGAAGGUGGCCGUGAGGGGAAGCGACAAGAAACUCAAACCUGAAUACGACGUAAUGCUCAAAAUCAAGAACUGGGUAGCGGAUGAAAAGAAACAUGUCCGCUACUGUCGCGAUUGGACUGAGAAGGAGAUCGAAGUGUUGAACAAAUACUUGUUUUUGACAUCCAAGCCAAUGAUUUACCUCAUUAACCUCUCAGAGAAAGACUACAUCAGAAGAAAGAACAAAUGGUUGGUGAAAAUCAAGGAGUGGGUGGACAGUCACGACCCCGGGGCGCUGGUCAUCCCCUUCAGCGGAGGAGUGGAGAGUGUCCUGCAGGACAUGAGUGAAGAGGAGAUUCAGAAGUACUGCACCGAGCACAAGGCUCAGAGCGUUCUGACAAGGAUCAUCAAGGCUGGCUAUGGAGCCCUACAGUUGGAGUACUUCUUCACAGCUGGACCAGACGAGGUCCGUGCGUGGACCAUCCGGAAAGGAACCAAGGCUCCACAGGCAGCCGGCAAGAUCCACACGACUUUGAGAAGGGCUUCAUUUGGCUGA